GUUUUUAUCAGUUCGAGUGUAAAACGUAAACACGAGUCACGAGUCAGGAUGUAAUAUUUUUCGCGUUUUUGCUGGAUUUUUCGAAUAUUUCACGUUCGUUUUACACCUUUAUCUCCAUAUUUCAAUGCACCAAUUACUCGUUUCGCGUUACUAACCAAUCUCAGUGUAAUUCCACCCAACUCUAGCAUCUUAAUUUCGUCCGAAAUUCACAUGAGUCGAGUGGUUAUCAGCUCCAGUAAGUGUUAUGGCACUAAAAUUGCACAACAGAAUUCACGCGGAGAAGUUGCUCUCGUUUCUGAACAGUUCUCGGGUCUCUCGUUUCAAUAAAUCACGCUACCAAUGCACUCGAUCUAUCCAAACCAACGCCAGAGUGCUAACGAAAUGGCCAACUUUAUGCCAAGAUGAUGAAUCCUUCGCCUUCGGUCCCUUCUCUCGGGACAGAUUCAACGGCCGAUUAAUCGCUUCUUCCGGUGGUCUAGUUGUCAAACAGCCGGUUCUCAUGGUCGAGGUAGAGAACGUCCAGCAUGAUAAGUUUAGAAAGACUGAAGAAGUCAAGGCGUUGACUCAAGAAGUCAUUAAAACCAUUCGAGAUAUUAUCAGUAUGAAUACGCUGUAUCGAGAAACACUUCAGCAAAUGCUGCAUCAAGGUCAAUCAGUGGUCGAGAACCCGGUUUAUCUGUCUGAUCUCGGUGCGUCGUUGACUGGUGCUGAACCUGAAGAAUUGCAGCAAGUUUUAGAAGAAACCGAUAUUCCGAAAAGACUGCUGCUUGCGUUGAGUUUGUUGAAAAAAGAAUACGAAUUGGGCAAACUGCAGCAGAAAAUCGGUCGCGAAGUCGAAGAAAAAGUCAAACAACAACAUCGAAGCUAUAUUUUAAUGGAGCAGCUGAAAAUCAUCAAGAAAGAACUAGGAUUAGAGAAAGACGAUAAAGAUGCCAUCGAAGAGAAGUUCAGAAGUCGAUUAAAAGAUAAGAAAGUUCCUCAUCACGCUAUGGAAGUAAUCGACGAAGAAUUGAAUAAAUUAGGCUUUCUGGAGGCACAUUCGUCCGAAUUUAAUUUAUCGCGAAAUUACCUCGACUGGCUGACGUUGUUACCUUGGGGUGUUACUACCGAAGAAAACCUAGACCUCGCUAAAGCCUCAGCUGUCCUCGAAGAAGACCAUUACGGAAUGGAUGAUGUGAAAAAACGUGUUUUAGAAUUUAUCGCCGUUAGUAUGUUGAAGAAAAGCACUCAGGGUAAAAUUUUAUGCUUCUACGGUCCUCCCGGCGUAGGAAAAACUAGUUUAGCUAAAUCUAUAGCUAGAGCAUUGAAUAGAGAGUAUUUCAGAUUCAGCGUUGGUGGUAUGACCGAUGUGGCUGAGAUUAAAGGUCAUCGUAGAACUUACGUCGGUGCCAUGCCCGGUAAAGCUAUCCAAUGCUUUGAAAAAGUAAAGACUGAAAACCCCCUGAUAUUGAUCGACGAAGUGGAUAAAAUUGGAAAGGGCUACCAAGGUGAUCCUUCGUCGGCAUUAUUGGAGAUGCUGGAUCCAGAACAAAACGCCAAUUUCUUAGAUCACUAUUUAGAUGUCCCUGUCGAUCUAUCCAAGGUAUUAUUCGUGUGCACGGCGAACAAUAUCGCGACGAUACCGGAUCCGUUACGUGACCGUAUGGAAAUGAUAGACGUAUCCGGAUACGUAGCCGAAGAGAAAGUAGCCAUCGCUAGACGAUAUCUCAUUCCAACUGCGUUGAAAGAUUCCGGCCUCAAAGAAGAAAAACUUGUCAAAAAAAUGAUUCCCGCGUUUGAAUUAGCUCACGAUAUUCCGUCUGGAGGAAUUUUUGAUCGUCCUAAAUUAGUGAGUAAUUGCGGUUACAAAAGUCGACUCAUUUGUGAAUCUAAUUACUCAACAAAGUCGGGUGACGAUGAAUUAGACGUUGAUAAUAAAUCUGUGGAAAAUCAACUAAGAAUGGCACUAGAAGAAAGUGAUCGAGCACUACGAGAAAGCUAUCGCGCAUUACUUGGACCCGAGGUUUACGACCGUGUAGGCGACGCCGAAGGAGAUAAAAUGGCUCGUGAAUUUAUUCGUAAUAUUAAUAAUUACGAAAAAAAGAAGCCACCUUACCUGGUUGUCGACGACGUCUAUUAGGCCUUAUUCCACUGCCUUCCGAGAUCGGAUGCAGCCUUUAAGGGGUGCCAUCCUGGCCUCAUUCUUCAAAUGUGGCGUAACACCGACGGAAAAAGGUUGGCCCUGGUAAUGCCAGGCAGCAGCGAGGAUGACAAACUAGUACCUUCGACCUUCCUUUUCGAAUAUCAAGUUCAAUGGAUGACGAAGUUUUACAAUCAACCCGUCUACAUCGAUACGAGACGGAUAAUUGACCGUCAGUUAGCGUAUAUUGAUUUUCAAAAAGAAAAAGAAAUUGCCCAAAUGCUACGAUCAUUGUACCCCAAAUUACAAUUGUAAUGGUUUAUUUUUAUUUAUUAAUGUGAGUUUCAUUCAUUUUGACGUCUUUGAGGCAUAUUUUGCUCAAAUUAUUAAUCGUUAUAUGUAAUUCCUCAAUUUGUGUGUAUAUUUUCGGUAUCGUUUUAAAUUUAGUAACAUUUACCUAUUUUGUCUUUAUCAUUGACAUUUUUUUUCCAGCUUACGUUAGAUCAGACGUAUUUUAAAAAUUCUUACGAUAUUUUAAUCGUUUUUUUUUAUUCUUUUCUAUAUUUUAAAUCGCAUUAAUAAAAACGAUUUUAACAUCUUGAAA